GCAUGCGUCUCUGCUUUUACUCCGUAACAGUUCUACUAAUCAUAGGAAUCGACUCGGAUCCAACAAUUCACGAUAUUGCUAAUGAUUCCGCUAACAUUGUCACCAAGAUUCUCGGUUCUUUUCAGGGUACGAGUUCAAUGAACCUGACGAAACUGUUCACUUCAUUUGAUAUGCCAUCUUGCCUCCGACGGUGUAUGCCUGCUUUGGACAACAUCGGUGCACUUUUCGAUGCCGCUAAGAACCCGGAAACGAUGAAGGCAAUGUGUCGCGAUAUGACCGAAGCAUCGAAAUGUGCCACUGCCGCUGGAUGUGAUAAAAUAUUCAUUGGAGCAAUUUCGAACGCUUUCCAGUUUGUCUGUAUGGAUAAUUUGGAAAAAGUAUCUAGUCAAAUCGCUUGCAUUCAAGAAAAUGCUGGCGAUCUUCAACAAGAAUGCGAGUCAGAGUGCGCUGUUCAAGCUGAUGUUCUCGAUAAUGCUGUAAAAAACACUGCAAAUCAAUUGUUUAACAUGGAGAAAAUAUGCAAUUCGACUACAUGUAUUGCCAACUGUUACCAAGACAAUAUUCAUAAGUUUUGUGACAUUGGAGAAGAUAAUCUUCUCGAUACGAUAUUUUCACAAUUCGAGGCGCUACAGGAGCAACCAGGCAUUCUCGGUUACGUUAAAAAAGUAGAGAACAACAAUAAAACUGGAAUCUCAAAACUUUUUGGAUUAAUGUUACCUGACGGAUGCAAUGACAAGAAAAUGCAGUUCAAAAUCCCCAAGAAAAUUUCUCUCGAUAAACCGAAGUCCGUUGGUUCGCCUUCGAAUGCACACAAUGAGAUUCCAAGUCAGAAAAACUCACCAAAGUCAGCUGUGAAGAAUGAAACAGACACAGAAGAUGCUCUGAUGGCGAAGUCGGGAAACCUCUCAACUGCAGCUGUGAUGUUCAAAAAUAAAGUACACACUUUGCAGUGCCAAUUUCUCGAUUCUCAUGGAAAUCCUCAGAAUACCCCUGAUUUUGAGACGCUCUCCAAGAUUUUAUCUGAACAUUUUGACAAAAAGGAGCUGACAACGACUUCCAAACCCGAUGCUAAAAUCCCGGAGAGCAAAACUCGUGCAUGCCGAGAAGCGGAAUCUAAUGAUCCACAAUCGAGAAAUUCUGGAGCAACAGCUAUUAUUUCCACUGUUUCCUGCCUUGUUGCUUUGAACAUGUUUUGAAUAGAUUUUGUAUUAUAUUGCCCGUAUAAGCUGAUUGUAAAUAUAUAUUGUUUUCAAAUUGAUAAAACUUGAAGAUUGUG